AUAUUAACAGACACACUACAAUCCUUCCUGCAGAAUCAAACUGUGGUUCGUCAGAGGGCUUUUUGAAAAAAUUUCAUCAUGAUUUUUCAGGCUUUUUCUGUGGAUUUCACUGGUUGGGUCCUGUUUGGUUUUGCAUUGUUGCUUUUGAUUGAUGUGAUAACAAACUGGAGGCCUCACAACUUUCCACCUGGACCCUGGGCCGUGCCUUUUCUAGGAAAUAUCUUCACUGGAGCUGAUCUCAAAACAAUGGAGAAGCUGGCUCAAGAGUACGGCCCUGUGUUCAGCCUGAGGAAAGGCAGUGAGAGGAUGGUGUUUAUUUCAGGAUAUAAGAUGGUCAAGGAGGCGCUUAUCAAUCAGCUGGACAGCUUUGUGGAUCGACCAGUUGUCCCUCUCUUCAAUGAUAUCUUCCAUGUCCUUGGCAUAGCUCUGAGCAAUGGAUACGUGUGGCGGCAGCAGAGGAAGUUUGCCAACGCUCACCUGCGAUACUUCGGAGACGGCCAGAAGUCACUGGAGAAAUACAUUGAAGUGGAGAGUAACUUCCUCUGUGAGGCCUUCAAAGAUGAGCAAGGAAGACCAUUCAACCCCCACUACACCUUAACAAAUGCAGUGAGUAACAUCAUCUCCUCUGUGGUCUUUGGACAUCGCUUUGAAUACAGUGAUGAAAGCUUUCGCAGGUUUCUGGAAUUGGACAAUGACACCAUUGCACUCGCUGGCCCAGCGCAGCUGUAUGAUGCAUUCCCUGGCUUGAUGAAGUAUCUGCCAGGACCUCACCAGACAGUCCAUGCCAACUACAAGGUGAUCAUGAAUUUCUUAAGAAAGGAAAUAGAAAAACACCAAGAAGAGUGGAACCCCAAUGACCCUCGUGAUUAUAUCGAUGUGUACCUGGCAGAGAUGGAGAAGAAAAAAGAGGAUCCUCAAGCUGGCUUUAACAGUGACACGCUUCUGGUUUGUACGCUCGACCUGAUAGAGGCUGGAACAGAAACAACUGCCAACACUUUACGCUGGGGCCUCAUAUACAUGAUGCACUACCCAGAGAUACAGGAAAAAGUCCAGGCAGAGAUAGACAGAGUGAUUGGACAGUCUCGUCAGCCCACACUGGCCGACAGACCCAACCUACCCUACACUGAUGCCGUCAUCCAUGAGAGCCAAAGGUUGGGAAAUAUUAUUCCCAUGGGUAUACCCAAAAUGGCCAGUAAAGACACUACUCUGGGAGAAUACGUCAUUCCCAAGGGCACAGCUAUUCAUACAAUCCUUGGGUCUGUGCUGAUGGAUAAGAAUGAGUGGGUGACUCCUGAUAUCUUCAAUCCUGAGCAUUUCUUGGAUUCAAAGGGCCAGUUCCUCCGAAGAGAUGCCUUCUUACCAUUUUCAGCAGGUAAACGUGUGUGUGUCGGGGAACGUCUGGCCAGAAUGGAGCUGUUCCUUUUCUUCACGUCUCUCCUCCAGCGCUUCACCUUCUCUCCUGUUCCUGGAGAAAUGCCCAGUCUGGAGGGCAUCAAUGGAUUUACAUAUACUCCCAAAGAGUUCAGAGUGCUGGCUGUGCCUCGCUGAUGUCAUCCCAACCAAACAUAAGCAUCAGUGAGUGUCAGCUUCACGUGGAACAUAUUAAAAACCAAUCAUCUUCAGUAAAUCAAUAAAAGGAUGAUCACAUAUCUGA